UUGGACUUAAUCUCGAUGAGAAUGAAAAAAUUCCACUAAUUAUUCUUGCAAAAAUAUAUAUAUGUCAUUAUUAAGCCUGGCUAAUAAUGAUCUAUCAGAUAGCCUCAUUGUGCACAUUUUCAUUAAUAAAUAUCCCCUUCGUUCUGAAACGGGAAUCGGGAAUAUCCUAUAGAGUCUACACACUUUACACUUCCGGUUGAAUGAAAUCGCAAGUUGUUGUUGUUCAACAAAUGGCUGGCAAGGCUCAGGCUGGUCCAAGAGCUUGAUUUUUUUUCAUACGGAGUUAGGCUAUAGAUCUAUAUUUAUGUGAUAUGCCCAUCACACCAGACUUGAUUUACGAAGGAUUUAGGUUAUUCAGACUGACGCUGCUGCCAUAUCCUGUGUUUUUACUUGAAGAAAGGUUUUCAAGGGGCAUGUGAUCCAAAGAUUUGUUUGAAUUAGCGCAUCUGAAGUGAAACGGCUGUAUAAAUAGAAAUUCUUCUUUGCUCUGCUUGAAAAAUAAGAAUGGGCAAGCAUAUUUUAGUCCCUGUAGGUCGUUUCAGAUUUGAUCUGAAUGACAUCACUAUAGAACCUGUACAGUUUUUGUACAUGUUCGCAAACUUUUUGUUCUUUCCCACUUUUCAAGCAUUGAUAUUCAACAAAGUGUGCUUGCAGACACAUGAUGCUGACUUCUGUAGUGAGUUACAAAAUAAUGAGACUUUCAAAGAGAACCAUACAUCUGAAAAUCACGAUAUCACAGCAGAAACGUCUCACUGGAUCUUGAAAACAAAUAUUGCUUUGACAGCACCAUCAUUCUUCAUGGUGACAUUGUUUUUAGGACCGCUUGGCGAUAAAAUUGGAAGGAAAAUCCCUGUACUUCUACCGUGUAUAGGUGCGCUUUUUUCUUUUAUCGCUUGCCUUUUGAAUGCCAAGUUCAUGACAGCAUCAUUAUACUACUUAUUGGUUGGUCCUCUUGUGAAUGGAUUUUUCGGUGGCUAUAUUGCUGCUAUUAUGGCUAGUUUUAGUUAUGUAGGGCAUGUUUCGAGUCCAGAGUCUAAAAUGAUGAGGCUUGGAAUUAUAGAAGCCAUGUCCUUUCUCUCUGGAACUAUUGGAGUAUUUGUGUCUGGAGUUAUGUUGGACAAGCAAGGGUUCAUUUUCAUUUUUGCGACUCUGAUUGUCGUUAUUUCUUUGGCCAUAAUCUACACAAUUGUAUGGGUGGAAAAUAUUCGUUCUCACAUACAAGAUGCUGAGAAUGUUGGAUGCAGCGCUUUCCUGGUCAAGUUUUUUAAAGACUCCUUUAGCUGUGUGGUGAGGCAAAGAGAAAGUCGAGUCUUCUCCAGCCUUGUCUUGCUGGUGAUCAGUAUUAAUAUGGUAAUGCUGUGUACUACUGGUGACAUGGACAUCGCCCUCCUUUACCUCAAGGAAAAUCUAAACUUCUCCCAGACAUUGUUUGGUUAUUUCAAAGGACUGGACAAUUUCCUCAGGGGAAUUACACUGAUCACUGUAUUGCCUUUGGUGAAGCGAUUCACAUCGAUCAGAGACCUGCCCCUGGUUUUAGUGGGAUUUAUCUCUUUUGCAGUGAACUUUGUCGUUCUUGGGGUAGCUUCGACACAGUGGAUGGUUUUUUUGGCCGCUGUGUUGGGCAUGCUGAAAGGAGUUCCAUCAGCUGGAAUCCGGGCUAUGAUGUCUUCAAUGGUCAGCCAAGAUGAGCAAGGCCGACUGUUUGGUAUUGUGGCAGCUUCUGAGAGUAUCAUCACUCUGAUAGCUUCCGUUCUGUUCAAUGAACUCUACCCUGCCACUGUGCACAUCUUCCCUGGAUUGUGUUACAUGCUGGGUGCAGGCCUCAUCUUACUGAUGUUUUUGCUUAUUCUCUAUCUUCACUGCACACUUCCCAGUGAUAUGCCUCAGAUGUCAUAUCAAACCGUAGUCGAAGACCCACAGCUGCAGAUAUCAGAUAGUGACAUUCCAUCAUCUCUCACUGCCGAAGCCUAAUCUCAGCUGGAAGCUUGUCAUCUUUUUACUUCCGGUGCUUCCCAUCCUGUGAAUCUUUUACAUGUUUUGAAAUGCGCUCAAGACUACUCUCAUAUAUUCUUUUAAUGUACUGUUCCCAGUCACAGAAGUCUUAUAUUAAGUGAUAAGAUGCAGAAGUUUUACCUGAGGAAAGAUCAGAAAAGUUUUUAAACAAGAGCUUUAAGAGUCCUGGUAUCGUUCAUCAACAGAAAAUUCUUUUAAGUAAAUUGUGAAUUUUUGUGAAGGGUAGAAUGAUUUUUUUCAUAGGUUUGUACAGAAUAUUUUUUAAGACUAAAAGAACCCUGAUAUGCCAGACAGAAGAUGUUACUUUCACGAGUUGUGUCCUAAUAAUGAUCUCUUGAGCAUCCUAAAACAUAAGUGAGUACCAACACGUACUGGAACUUGUUUGGAACAACAUAGAACUUGAACUUGUCAGGAUGGUUUCCUAAUGUACAGACUAGUCAUGGUUUCAAAGAGCUUGAAUUAUAUCACUGGCUUUUCGUCUGUUUAUGUGGUCUCAUUUGCAAAAAA